UUUGUGAAACACUGAUCAUUCUCUCAUCCCGCAGGAAUAACAGAUGGGUUGUCCUUGUACAAAAUAUGGUAUCCACCUGCACUUCAUUAGAGAGCUGCAUUUUUGUACAUGCCACACCACAGGAUCACCAUGAUGACAUAGCAGCUUCAGAGAACAGCGUGACUAGGGCUUUUUUUUUUUUUCCCUUUUUUUUUUUCCCCCCUUGUAACACAGAGGAUCUGGCAGACUUUUACCUCCUGACACUGUUUACAGCAUAUAUUGGUUGAUACAGUCCCUUAUUGCAUCUGCUCUGGGAAUUAAGGAAAGCAGCUUCAAGGCAGUAAGGGACAAGACACAUUGCAAAGAUGACUUUAAACUCCCUACCCAUCUUUCUGUUAUUGAUUACUGGCAUUUUUUGCCAAUAUGACUAUGGUCCUGCAGAUGAUUACGGUUAUGAUCCUUUUGGGCCAUCCUCAGCAGUCUGUGCCCCAGAAUGUAAUUGUCCUUUAAGCUACCCUACUGCCAUGUAUUGUGACAAUCUUAAACUAAAAACCAUUCCGAUUGUACCAAGUGGAAUAAAAUACCUUUAUCUUCGAAACAAUAUGAUUGAGGGCAUUGAAGAGAACACGUUUGAUAAUGUAACAGACCUACAGUGGCUGAUCUUAGACCACAAUCAUUUGGAAAAUUCAAAAAUUAAGGGAAGAGUCUUCUCUAAACUAAAGCACCUGAAGAAACUUCACAUUAACUACAACAAUCUGACUGAAGCUGUAGGACCACUCCCCAAAACUCUGGAUGAUCUGCAAUUAAGUCACAACAAGAUCACAAAAGUCAAUCCUGGUGCACUUGAGGGGCUGGUGAAUCUGACUGUCAUUCACCUCCAGAACAACCAGCUGAAAGCAGAUUCUAUUUCUGGGGCUUUUAAAGGCCUGAAUUCACUUUUGUAUCUCGACUUAAGCUUCAAUCGACUUACAAAACUACCAACAGGACUGCCUCACUCCUUACUUAUGCUGUAUUUUGAUAAUAACCAGAUCUCCAAUGUUCCUGAUGAGUACUUCCAAGGUUUUAAAGCCCUGCAAUAUUUACGUUUAUCCCACAAUAAAUUAACAGAUUCUGGAAUACCAGGCAAUGUCUUCAAUAUCACAUCACUGGUUGAGUUGGAUCUCUCCUUCAAUCAGCUGAAGAGCAUUCCAACUGUUAGCGAGAACCUCGAAAACUUCUACCUCCAAGUCAACAAAAUUAACAAGUUCCCAUUGAGCAGCUUCUGUAAGGUUGUUGGGCCAAUGACCUAUUCCAAGAUCACACAUUUGCGCCUGGAUGGAAACAAUCUGACUCGGGCUGACUUGCCACAGGAGAUGUACAACUGCCUUCGGGUGGCUGCUGAGGUUUCACUGGAGUGAGAUACCUGGGAGCAUCCAUUUCCCUUCUAGGGGCAGUAACUACAGGAAUUACAUCAUGAUAGCUCUUUAAAAUUAGGGUAUGCCUUAAAAAAAGUGUCAAUCUGCGUAUUAUCCAGUCUGUUUGUUAAUAUUUAGCAUGCACUUGGCAGCCUUAAGGUAAUGUGUGCAUAUUUUUACAAACGGUUGUAUUUAGAAAGCACAAGAAUGACCAAAUGUGGUGCAAAAUAUGCCUUCAUCCGGCUAGGUAAGUUGAUGAAAUCGUUCAACUUCCUUGAAAUCUAUGUCCAUGCAUGCAAUACAUGCAAGCUGGUACCAGAUUUACAUGGAAGUCAGGUGGGUUUCAUCAGAGUGCUGAGCAGUAUAGACUAGUGUGUGUAAAUACAAGAUUCCUCUCCAACCAAUCCAGCUUUUUUAAUUAUUCAUGUCUUUUUCGUACUGUUAUCAAUUACAAAGGAAAAAGAAUGAUUUAACAAUCUAAAACCAAUUUAAAAUUUCUGAAAAUAAGUUUUCAGAGUCCAUGACAUUAUUAAAUAAAUGGAAUAUGUGAAAGAUAACAGGGAAACAAACAUUUUUCAGGUUAAAAAAUUGUUUACUUUUUUUUGGUCAUACUUUCAUUUAAACUUUCAUAGUAAGAUUUUUUAUCCAUUGCUGGUAUAAUUGUUAUUUCAAAAUAAGUCAUAUAUACAAGUAUUUUUAUUCAAUUACUUGCAUGCUAUUUUAACCAGAUUGUAGAAAAUAAAACAUAGCAAAUAGUAUUUUUGUGUCCAUAUCAUUGUCAACUAUGUUUCAGUCUUUUAUAAAUUGAAAAAAAAAAUUCAGGUUAAGACAAGAUAAUCUAAGCUAUUCUAUUAUUAUUAAAAUUUAUUGUAAGGUUAAAUAAAUUGUUUUCUCUA